UGACAGUGCAGCCCAGUGACGCUACGCCCACUGCCGUGUCUGGCUACGUGCCUGCGCGCAGAAAAACUGACAGACACAGCAAGAGCGUAAAAUACUCCGAGGCAAAACAUGGCGAGGUUAAGCGAGCAUGGGAUCCGCCUGAGUUCCAUGAGUCCUUCCUUCCUCAACAGCAACUCCACAAGUCAUACCUGGCCUUUCAGCGCAGUGGCAGAAUUAAUAGACAAUGCAUCUGAUCCUGGUGUAUCUGCUAAACAGAUCUGGAUAGAUGUAGUUGAUGAAGGCGGUCACCUCUGUCUAACGUUCACUGAUAACGGCAGCGGUAUGACCCCCAGCAAACUGCACAAGAUGCUCAGUUUUGGUUUUACAGAAAAGGGCUCAGGUAGGGCCAGUCAGCAGGCCAUCGGCGUGUACGGCAACGGUUUCAAGUCAGGCUCCAUGCGUCUGGGCCGCGAUGCACUCAUCUUCACCAAGAACGGCGGUUGUCAGACUGUGGGAAUGCUGUCUCAGACCUACCUGGAAAACAUCAAGGCCCAGGCCGUCAUCGUGCCCAUCGUCCCCUUCAGCCAGCAAACCAAGUCGCUGGUGGUGACGGAGGACUCAGAGGCGAGCCUGGCAGCCAUCCUCCAGCACUCCAUCAUCAGCUCCCAGGAGCAGAUUCAUGCACACUUUGACUCCAUUCUCUCCAAAAAAGGCACCAAGAUAUUAAUCUGGAACAUCCGCAGGGCCAAAGACGGCAAGCCUGAGAUUGACUUUGAGACCGAUGUGAGUGACUUCCGUUUGCCUGAGAUUCAGAUCGAGGAGCUGAAGAAGGGACUGAGGAACAGUGGAUCUCUGAGAACUGAGCAGAACAUCCCCGACAUGCACUACAGUCUCAGGGCCUACCUCAGUAUUUUGUAUCUAAAGCCAAGAACACAGAUCAUACUGAGGGGGAAGAAGAUUCUUGCCAAGCUGGUGUCGAAGAGGCUGACGCACAUUGAGCAUGACGUGUACAAGCCCCACUUCAGUAAAGAGAAGGUGAAAGUGACCUUUGGGCUGAAUCCAAAAAACAAAGAUCACUAUGGCAUCAUGAUGUACCACAAGAACCGACUCAUUAAAGCUUACGAGAAAGUGGGCUGCCAGCUAAAGACUUCAGGUCAAAGAGCAGGAGUCGGCGUCAUUGGUAUUAUUGAGUGUAACUUCCUCAAACCUGCUCACAACAAGCAAGACUUUGAGUACACCAAAGAAUACAGACUCACCCUUGGUGCUUUGGGCCUUAAACUCAACGACUACUGGAGAGAGGUGACAGAGAAGAAGGCCAGAGAACGAGAGUUUCAGGCUCUAGACAGAGAUGAAGAUGAAGAUGAGAGCGACACUGACGAGGGUCCCGUGUGGUUACAGUGUGAGGAGUGCCUGAAGUGGCGGAGCAUCCCUGCAAGUCAUUACAGUGUUGUUCCUGAGAGCUGGAACUGCAGUCAGAACCCCAAUCCACGUUACAGAAGCUGCUCUUCACCAGAGGAAGCAGAAGAGAACGAGGAGCUGCUGACACCCAGCUACCAGAAAAACCACAAGAGACAAGAGCAUCCUAAAAGCAGAAAACGAGAAAAAUCACUGGAGGUAUGUCAGUUCCAGAACCAAGUGGCAAAACAUCAAACCCUCUCACGUAGUUCAUCAGAGCCGAGCCAGCCCACCUUCCAGUCCCCGCGCACACCCAAUCGAUGCCACGCAGAGGAAAACACACCAGAACACGAUGAGACAGACACAGAUUGUCACACGGACACAAACGAUGACACAGAGACACAAGACAGGACGACAGCCAAGGUCACACACAGGGCCACCAGAAGAGACUCAUUCAUCAAAGAUAAGACACAAACGUCACAAGGUCAGGAGGAGCACGUGGAAAAUGAGGCAAAUUCUCAGAGCCUCGAAGGUAAAGAGACAGACAAAAGUAAAGACACAGACGUGGAGCCAGCAGAGAGAGAGGAGGAGAGCGCAGACAUGUUCAGCCACAAAAGGAAAUCGGGAUUGUUAUUUUGCUAUGGGAAAAAGAAGCCGCGCCUUUGGCCUGAAGAGAUGAAUACUGAGAAACACACACAAGCGCCCGAAACAGUUUCCACGGAGAAGACCAAGCAGGACAAUGGCACCCGAGUAGAGAAACCAGGUGACGCCGCAGCGCAGCAAACGCCCACCAACCUCACCUGGACCCACUCGCUCCCAUCCACCCAGACAGUGAUGGUGUCCCCGUUGAGUCGAACAGAGGGGCAGUGGAGCAGACCGCUGCCUCUCAAAGAGAGUGACCGGGAGGCUAAAGUCCAGAAGCUGGCUGGGUUGGAGAAAGAGGUUCAGGGGCUACGGAGGUUACUGGGUCUGGAAGUCACAAAGACAUCUCAAGGCACGAUGACAACGGCUGAUAGCGACGCUGAAAAGCCAAAAGAACUGCUGCCAGCACCCACGGAGAGCAGAGAGGUCGGCUGCCAGACGGACAUGGGGGAGACUUCUACUUCAUCCAGCAGUCCCUCCCUGGCCAUGCUGGUCCAGGGUCAGAGGGUUGUAUCUGGGUCGAAGGAGCAGACGGAGCCGAACAAACCCUGGAAGGAGAAAACUGAGUCUCAGAGCAGGGUGAGGGCAUGUGAGAGCGAGGCCUGCGAGGACAGCAGGUCGGCGGAGGAGGAUCUGCGCGGCAUCCGCAACAACGUGGUGGUGCUUCUCACAGCCCUCUUGCCCCAGCUGGACCUGGCUGGCAUCAGUCUGGAGACCACAGACGUAGACAACAUCCUGCAGCAGAUCAUAGAGGUCAACUCACUGAAACUAUGAUCAGUAUUGUUAUUAGAUCCAGCAGGUUUCUGUUGGCAGAGAUUCAUAUUUUGCCCAUAUUCUUAUGCAAAGUUUGGGUUGCUAAAACUAUGUCUAAUCCAAAUACACAGUAUACUGUAAUGAUUAUCUUAAUGCUCUCAUUCUUACAUUGUUGCAUUUGGAUGAAGGCUGUAAUAUAAUAUUUUUAAGUCCUUAUGUUCAUCGGUUUACAGACAAAAUACACAGUAAAUAAAGUGCAGCUGGUUGUUGUUGCUUAGUGUAAAAGGGCAUUGCACUAAAACUGAUAUUAGUUUACAGUGCUGAGAGAGAAUGCACUGUUUUGAAUAUUUAAGUUUUUUUCCAAAGGCAAAGAGAAGAACAGUUUAAAGUCUUAGUGGUUAACCCAAGUCUGACUCCACCUGAUUGUCAGACUCUCAGUGGCUGAACACAUACGGCUACUUAGUGGCAGGGGGGGUAUUUAGUGUGUGCUCGUCUAUUUUAAGAAACCGUUUUGUUGUGAACCUCUCUGUUUCAUAUGCUGUACAAAUAUGAGCCUUUUUGAUUUCUUUAAAAAAGUGUGACAUACUGCUAUUGCUUUGUUCUGCCCCUGUGUUAAUUUACUAUUUAAAUUAGUUUUAUAUGUCUGCAGGUCAACAUAUUCUAUUAUAGUCAUGGAGGAAUGCGUGUUUGUAGAUUUGGUCACAUAUCAUUUUAUAAACAAGACUUUUUACAUUUGCAUUAAAAUCAUGAAACCAUG